AUGGACUUGUUAAGCUCAUAUUCUCAGUCAGUCCUGACCUGCAGCAGCGGCGGCAGUAGUAGCGGUUUGCUAUCCCGGCUUGCGCGUGGGAAGGGUGCAUUGCUUUCACACCGCCGCGGCGGCAGUAGCGGCAGCGCCGGCGUUGUCGACGGUCCCCCCGGGAGCACUAGCAACCCCCGCGGCGGCCAGCAGGACAGCGCCGAGGCCAACAGCUUACUUGGAGUCACGGGCGCCGUGGAUGCCCCUAGCUCAGAAGCUGGCGCCGGCUCUAAUACCCCGAGGCGCCCGAGAGGCGGCGGCGAUGUGCAAAGUGGGGUAUUGGCGUCGGCAGCUCCCGCCACGGCGGCGCUACAGCCGCCGACGGUCGCCUACGUUGAGCGCGAGCUGCUGGGGGACCCAGCGGGCGCCGCUGCUGCUGCUGCCGUUGCUGCCGUACACCCCGACGUGCCGCUGCCGCCGCCGGCGCUGCCCCCCGCCGAGGUUCAGCCCCUGGAGUUGUUCUCGGAGGCCCCCAUGACGGGCCGGCUGCUGGCACGAGCUGAGGCGGAGGCGGCCUCGCAGCGGGAGGUCACCGCACCGCCCAGUCAAGAAGAGUGGCGGCUCCUGGGGGGCCCUGUACCCGCGGCCGUACACAUGGUCCUCUCCGCGAGCGACUGGCUGCAGCUGCGAACCUUGCUUGAGGCGGCUGCGGAGGCCUCCCCCGGGGGUCAGCUGGAUUCGGGGAUUGUGGCCGCACUCUUCAAAAGGGCCGCGGGUUUAUUGGCGGAUGUCCCCGGUGGCGGCGGCGGCGGCGGCGGCGGCGGCGGUCCUGCGGGUCGGGAGCUGUCGGAAGCUGCUGCCGCUGUGGAAGGCGCCGCAUUGGAUGGCGGUGGUGCAGUGGUUGGGGGAGGAGCAGGAUGGGGGGGGCAGGGGGGCGGUGCCAUGACGGCGGCCCCGGCGACGUUUGGCCCCGCUGAAGCGGCGGCGUACAGCACUUUUUGCAGCCGGCUGACCGCCGCGGCAGUGGCGGCGCUGACGCGCCGUACAUGGCCUGACGACCGCGUUGAUGACGGCAGGGUGGCGGGGAGCGGCAGCGGCGGUGCUGAUGCGAUCGCGUACGGCAUGGGCAUGCUCCAAAUCAGAUCUCGGAAGCUGUACGACAUAGUGAUACGUACGUCAGGAGAGCAUCUGCGCACGCUGGCUGCCCGCCGGACCGCUGCUGCCGCCGCCACCGCUGCCGCUGCCGCGGCGCUGGCUAGCGCCGGCGGGGUCCAGGGACCCGUACGGACCCGCGGCGUGUUUGCGGAGAUGGCUGCAACUGCAGCCGCCGCCGCCGCCGCCCCCACCCGCGGCGACGCUGCUCCUGUUGCCACUACAGUGGCGCCGCCACCGCCGCCGCCGGCAGAUGUUCAGAAGCGACAACGCCGUGAUCGCAGGGCAAAGAUGGCGGCGGCGGCGGCGGCGGCAGCACCGCCGCCGCCGGCGCCUAAACCCUGGACACCGUCAGACCUGGCGAGUCUUGCAUGGGGCGUCGCGACGGCGUACGGGGGCAGCAGCGGCGCGGAAGCUCCCGUCAGAGUAGCAGCCGCCGCCGCCGCCGCUACAGCGCCUCCGCUGCCGCUGCCGGACAAGCCUUGGUUGAGGGCCUUAUGCGACGCCAGCCUGGAUCUGCUAGGGGAAUGCGGCCCGACGGAAAUGUGGCAGCUUCUGUGGUCUCUGGCUCGCCUGUCGUACCUUCCUCCACAGGACUGGAUGCGGCUGGUUCUGGAGCGCGUGAGGGGCCGCAUGCGCGACUUCGAGCCGGAGGUCGGGUUAACAGGAGGGCUGUGCGGGGACGGGGGUCUGUGCCGUAUUGCCUGGGCCCUGGCGGCGCUGGACUACGUACCUGACAGGGCAUGGCUGCGAGCGCUGGCCGGGCAGCUGCACAACCGGCUCCGAGACCUAAGUCCAGCCCAGCUGCUGUCGGUGUACGGCUCUCUGGCGAGGCUGGGUUACGCUCCACGUCCGGAGGUGGGCUCGGGGCUUCACGCGGCCGCGGUCCGGCUCAUGUCUCUGAUGGACGCGGAGCAGCUGGCGGCUCUAGCGUAUUACGCGGCCUCGUUUGAAAGAUGGCGCCCCGGAGAGACGUUUCUCCACGCACUGGCACGGGCCGUCCGACCUCACACCGCCAGCCUCACACCCGUGCAAGCGAGUCGGUUGCUUUGGGCUUGGGCACGGAGCACAACGCAGCAGCAGCCACAGCAGCCACAGCUGCAGCAAGCCGCAGCAGGCGCUGCAGCUGCUGCGACCGGCGUUGGGCUCGGGACUCUGCCACAGCCUCUAGUCGAAGCUAUUCUGUCCCAGUCGCUCUGGGCUGCCGCGCAGCUGCGGACACUCAUGGGUCCAUUCCACGAGGAGUCGCCGUGGCCCUCGGAUGCCUGGAUGACGUUAUUCGCAGCGGAGGUACGGAGGCGUCUUGGCGCCGAAACCACUGUCAACGAAGACCAUGGCCUCAUUGCGUACGGCUUUGCCGUGCUGGGGUGGCCGCUACAGGAGCCCUGGGUCAAGGAGCUGGCCGCCGGCGGCUAUCGGCGCAUGGCGGGGAUGAGCGGGGAGGCUCUGGGGCUGUUUCUGUGGGGCUUAUCUCAGUACGGCUGGAGUACGGACAGCAAGCGAUUCUGGGAUGCCGUGUUCAGGGAAACGGGCGUUAAAUGGGACACUUGUUCGGCACGCAGCGUCGUACUGCUGUACUGCGCCGUAGCGGAUAUGAUGCCGCCGGAUCUGGAGCCGCCCUUGCAGUGGCAACGUCAGCUGGCCAAGGCGCUGAGGCUACGGGUGCCUAGACCGCCGGCAGCGGCGCUAAUCCCGGCGGCGCUCCGUGCCGCCGCUGGCGGCUGCCUGGGCCCUUCGCCGCUGCGACUCCGUGGCGCCGCCGCCACCGCUGCGGCGACACCUGGGGGCCUCCACGUCCGCGUCGCCGGUAUCGCCGAUGGUGGCGGCGGCGGCGGAGGGCCACGGCGGCGGCGCAGCGCGAUUGACAGCUCGCUCUGGUCGUCAUUAAUGUACAACGCGAAUCUGUACGGCGAUUAUGGCGUGCCGACGGAGGUUGUGGAUGGGUUGACGGAGGCGGCGGCGGGACGGGUAUUGGCGGGCGGGAUGAUGGCAGGAGAAGCGGAAGAGGCGGUAGGGGAAGAGGAGGAGGUAUUGGGGCCGGAGUUUCCUGCGGAGGGCUUGCUAGGAGAGAGUGACCCGUGGGACAGUGAAGGGGGCUGGGGUGGGGAUGCUUCGGUGUGGGAGCUACCCGCGGAUCUGUCCUUGGAGGGUCAGGAGGAUGUGACGGAGGAGGCGGAGGCGGAUGACGACUAUUACGAGCAGCUUCUUCGGGAAAUGUACGACGACGGGGCAGCGGAGGAGGAGGAGUUGAGCGGCGGCCUCGCCACCGGCUUUGCGGGUAGCAGGACCGGCAGCGGCGGCCGCGCCUCGGCAGUCGCAGGUGACUCGGUCACCCAGCAGCAGCAGCUGAAGGCGCCAUCUGCGUCAUCUCCGUACGUGUUUGAUCCUAGGAUGCGAGGCCCCGAUCCUGUGGAUCCGUACGGCCUGUUAGGCGGCAGCAGUGACGGAUCCAGACGCGGCAUCUUAUCAGCACGACAUGGUGUGUCGGAUGAUACGAGUGGUGACGUCAGCGAUGAUGACGCCAAUGAUGCCAAUAUGGAAGACGAGCCAUUCCAGCUUCCUCUGCCGAUUGAGCUAACUGACCCACGGGACCAUCCCGCGCUUGCGGCAGCGGUUUCGGAGAUGCGACUUUGGUGGGCGCAUGACGUGGUGGACGAGCUGCGCUGGCUGUGGGGUUUCCCUGGAGUGCUUCGGCAGCUUCCGCCGUGGGUACGGCAAGCCAGUCUGGCACGGCUUCGUAAGAUGGCGAUGCGGCGGCCGUAA